AGGCUGCGCACCAGGUCCGCACUUGAGCUAAAACCGAGAGACCCCCUUCCGCUUCUGCCUUUGGGCUGGGCGCUCAAUGCGAAGCCGCUGCAACUCAGGCACGCCUAAAUCAACUCAUGCAGAAAAAGGAGAAAAGUUUUGGUAUACAAAUGCUCUCUGUCCAGCCAGACACCAAGCCGAAAGGUUGUGCUGGCUGCAACCGAAAGAUCAAGGACCGGUAUCUUCUAAAGGCACUGGACAAAUACUGGCAUGAAGACUGCCUGAAGUGUGCCUGCUGUGACUGUCGUUUGGGAGAGGUGGGCUCCACCCUGUACACUAAAGCUAACCUUAUCCUUUGUCGCAGAGACUACCUGAGGCUCUUCGGGGUAACGGGAAACUGUGCUGCCUGUAGCAAGCUCAUCCCCGCCUUUGAGAUGGUGAUGCGCGCCAAGGACAACGUUUACCACCUCGACUGCUUUGCAUGUCAGCUUUGUAAUCAGAGAUUUUGUGUUGGAGACAAAUUUUUCCUAAAGAAUAACAUGAUCCUUUGCCAGACGGACUACGAGGAAGGUUUAAUGAAAGAAGGUUAUGCACCCCAGGUUCGCUGAUCUAUCAACAUCACCCCAUUAAGAAUACAAAGCACUCCAUUCUUUUAUCUUUUUUGCUCCACGUGUAUAUAAGAAUUGACACAGAAACCAACUGAAUAGCGUAGAUAUAGGAAAGCAGGAUGGUUAUAUGGAAUAAAAGGCGGACUGCAUCUGUAUGUAGUGAAAUUGCCCCAGUUCAGAGUUGAAUGUUUAUUAUAAAAAAAAAAAGUAAUGUACAUAUUGCUGGAUUUUUUUGCUUGCUAUUCGUUUUUUUGUGUCACUUGGCAUGAGAUGUUUAUUUUGGACUAUUGUAUAUAAUGUAUUGUAAUAUUGGAAGCACAAAUGUAAUACAGUUUUAUUGUGUUACCAUUUGUGUUCUGUUUGCUUCUUUGUAUUGUUGCAUUUAGUACAAUCAGUGUUUAAACUUACGGUAUAUUUAUGCUUUCUGUAUCUACCAGCUAUUUUAAAUGAGCUGUAACUUUCUAGUAAAGAACUGAAGAGCAAAUCUCA